CCUUAUAAAUUCUGCCCCAAAUUCCUAUUUAUUCAUCAAACAUCUUAAUUAAGCUUUUUCUCCACAAUCAUCAUGGCUUCAUCUUUAUCUUCCGCAAUGCUUAUUAUUGUUUCCUUUUCUGUUUUUGUGCUCGCCGCAAAUGCUGUGCGAGAUAUGCCCAACGCCACUUAUGUGCCCGAACAAGUGUUGUCGAGGCCGCACAUAAAGCUCGGCGAGAAUGAUUAUUUUCGUGUGGCAAAUCUAAAGGGUCUUCUGGUUAAAUCAAGUUGGGAAGGUGGAUGUUUUAAAGAAUCCAAGGGUUGGUACUCUCAUAGUCUGGAUCAUUCCAUCUACUGGGUUUAUGUUCAGGUUGCGAAGGGAAAAACCCUUACAUGUUAUGAUAGUUAUAUAUAUAAAGUAGGAGAUGUGACCUUAGCAUCGGACACUAUGUACACCUCUAUUGGGACACAUUCGAAAUCGUUCUUACCCACCAAAGAUCAAGCACUCGCCAUAAAUACAAAUGGAAUUGAUGUUUACAUGUAUGAACCACCGUCUACUAGCAACAAGGAAAGCGGACAGGACGGUAUCAAACAAGUGGUGGAGACAUAUUGAAAGUGUAUCGAAAAGAGUCGGAUUUCGAGUUUUAAGUUAAACUGAGCGAUGUGUGUAAAAAUAAAAGUCAUUGUAUUGCUGAGCUCUUUAUUGUGUGUUUGUGUUUCUGUUUUUUAAAGUUGAAUAAAAUAAAAGUCUUAUGUGUUAGUUUACUUUGAACAUGGAGACCUUUUAGUAAUUAUGUGUUAUUCUCCACCUUUGGUGAUGAUGUAAUUUUAAUGAUUGAAGCUAGUAAAGAAUGGUUCUUUCUUGUUA